AAAAUCGCUCCGACCGUUCCGCUCGCUGACAAGUCCGUUUCCGAGUGGUGAUCAAUCCAGUUCUGCUUCCCGAGCCGAGCAGAAUCAAAGGAGUUUUUUUGGUUUUGGUUUAGUGGUGCCCCACUCCGUCCUCCGUCCGUGUGUUGUAUCCAAGAAGCUGUGAGUGAAAAUGUUCCACCUGAAGACGAUCGCCAAGAGCGCCGCCCUCAAGCAGGAAGUGUCCACCCUGGUCAAGGCGGCCACCACUGCCGGAGCCCAGCAGGUGUCGCAGCAACAGCGCCCCUAUUCCUCCCAGCACCAGAUCCCGGAACGGCUAAAGGAUGUCGGCAGCGCCGCCAGCCCCCGCUUCUUCGACAUGGUCGAGUACUUCUUCCACCGGGCCUGCCAGAUCUGCGAGGAAAAGAUGGUCGAGGACAUGAAGGGACGCAUCUCGCUAGAGGAGAAGCGCAAGCGGGUCAAGGGCAUCCUGAUGCUGAUGCAGCCUUGCGACCACAUCAUCGAGAUCGCUUUCCCGCUGCGCAGAGAUUCCGGCGACUACGAGAUGAUCACCGGUUACCGUGCCCAGCACUGCACCCACCGUACCCCGACCAAGGGAGGUAUCCGUUUCUCGCUCGAUGUGUCGCGUGAUGAGGUGAAAGCCUUGUCGGCUCUGAUGACCUUCAAGUGUGCCUGCGUGGAUGUGCCAUUCGGUGGUGCCAAGGCCGGUGUGAAGAUCGACCCCAAGCAGUAUUCGGAGCAUGAGCUGGAGAAAAUCACCCGCCGCUUCGCCCUGGAACUGUCCAAAAAGGGCUUCAUCGGACCGGGCAUUGAUGUGCCAGCUCCCGAUAUGGGAACCGGCGAACGUGAAAUGUCCUGGAUCGCCGAUACCUACGCCAAGACCAUCGGCCAUUUGGACAUCAAUGCCCACGCUUGCGUUACCGGUAAGCCAAUCAACCAGGGUGGUAUUCACGGACGUGUCUCGGCCACCGGUCGCGGUGUCUUCCACGGAUUGGACAACUUCAUCAAGGAGGCUAACUACAUGGCCAUGAUUGGAACCACCCCCGGCUGGGGCGGCAAAACCUUCAUCGUGCAAGGUUUUGGUAAUGUCGGUCUGCACUCGUGCCGUUAUCUGUGCCGUGCCGGUGCCACCUGUAUCGGUAUCAUUGAGCACGAUGGAUCUAUCUUCAACCCACAGGGCAUUGACCCCAAGGCUCUGGAAGACUACAGAAAUGAACAUGGAACCAUUGUUGGAUUCCCUGGUGCUAUGCCGUACGAAGGCGAGAACCUGAUGUACGAACCAUGCGAUAUCUUCAUUCCAGCCGCCAUCGAGCAGGUCAUCACUAGUGAAAACGCCAACAAGAUCAACGCCAAGAUCAUCGCCGAAGCUGCCAACGGUCCAACCACCCCAGCUGCUGACAAGAUCCUCAUCGAUCGCAACAUCCUGGUUAUUCCGGAUCUGUACAUCAACGCCGGUGGUGUGACCGUUUCGUUCUUCGAGUGGCUCAAGAAUCUGAACCACGUCUCGUACGGUCGUCUGACGUUCAAGUACGAGCGCGAGUCCAACUACCACCUGCUCGCCUCUAUCCAGGAAUCAAUUGAAAGAUAUGUCAAUGAGGACCAAUCUGUGCAAGCCUCGCUGGAGAGACGCUUCGGCAAUGUGGGCGGCAAGAUCCCUGUCACCCCGUCGGAGGCCUUCCAGAAGCGCAUUUCUGGUGCCUCGGAGAAGGACAUUGUCCACUCCGGUCUGGAUUACACCAUGGAGCGUUCCGCUCGUGCCAUCAUGAAGACCGCCAUGAAGUACAACCUCGGUCUGGAUCUGCGUUCCGCUGCCUACGUCAACUCGAUUGAAAAGAUCUUCCAAACCUACAGAGACGCCGGCCUUGCCUUUUAAUAGAGCGGACGCAUAGCGUUCCCAAAUCCUCGCAGGCAAGGUACGAAGAUUGUGGUAGUUCCCGGACAAAUUCGGACUACAUAGGCAAAGCAGGACUAGCAGAACACCUUAACAAACCCCUACCAACGCAAACCGAAAGCUGCCACAAUCGGAUAUUUCAACGUUACUUAAACAAAAAAAGAAAUCUAUUCGCGAGUAAGCCUAAAGUAUAACGUCUCAACAUAAGUCAGUUACUAGCGGAACCACGAUGAUAGUUAUAACCAAAACCGUAGGCAACCUAUGCACGCUUUUGCAGCGUGUGACUCUAUUUAAGAUAGACUAUAUUUUCGUUAAAGUUUGUGCUAAUUCCCAAACAAUUCCCCCAAAAACCAAAAGUUUAUCCUCACAUUGUCGUGCGUCCUUUUCUACAAUUACAAUUCUAAAUCGUUUCCCAGACUUCAACGUUGGUCUGUUCCCAACCUUCAGAAUCUGACAAAAGUGAAUCGUGUAUGUUCCAAAGUUUUCCUUCUCGUUUUACACUUUUACACUCACACCGCUACCGGCUAGGCAGAUAAUAUGUACUUAUACCGAAUAUAAUACUGAUACCACUUUUGCAAUUAUUAGUGAAUGUGUAACUUUCUGUUAAAUGUCUCGCAAAAAAACAUAAGUAAAACGAGAUGCUCGAGAAGAUGUGAAGAUGAUCUUGGUUCUCCGAUUUCAAAUGCUCUUGACUAAGCACUGCUCGGCUCGAUGACGACAGUUUUAAAAACGGAUCAGAUAUCGAAACCCUUGCAAAGUUCACAAACCGAACCGAAGAUACAGUUCAAUCAUAUACGAGGGAGUCGAGUAAUUUGAAGCACUUUAAAAUAAAGAUUGUAAGUCAAAACUUAUCAAAA